AUGACCGCGACCGUCUUCACUCAGACAGAGGGCCAGCAGCUCAGUCUCUGGGGGAAAGUGGGCCACUUCACUCCAACCUGCGGAGCCUGGAUCCUGCAGAAUCCUCUGUCUGUGCCCCUCAAAGAGUUCACCGUCUGCUUCAGUUUGCAGCGCCAGAAAUCAGAACAUCUAUGGACCGCCUUCAUGUACCGUCACCCCGUGCAUCCCUACGCAGAGCUGGGGUUUGGGGGGAAGAACGAGCGGCUGCUGGUCUGGCUCUUUGGGCUGGAGUUCAGGACACAGACCUCGGUCCCCCUCACAGUGAAGCAGUGGUACCACGUGUGCAUCACCUGGUCCCAGAAUAAGACUGCUCCUGCUGUGUACCUCGACGGGGUCUCUCUGCAAAUGGAACACGCAGGGUUCAGUGGGUUGUGCCUCUGCCUCGUGCCUCCAGCCCCCUCCUCCCCGUCCUGCUGUGAGCUGGCCCCUGGCGGCUCUCUGACCCUGGGAGCGUCUCAUACUGUGGUGAGGGGACGCGUAGAGGUGCUGCCCGUGGGGAAGUUAAAGGGGAAGGUGUCUGUGUUCCGGAUGUGGAGUCACGAGCGCAGCGAGGAGAAAGUGACAUCAAUGAAGUGCACAGAAGGGGGCGUGGUCAAGUGGGAGCAGAGCCAAUGGGACACCAGCGCAUGUCCUGCAGUACCCGACGUGAGUCUGCGAUGUGAGUGGUCCAGCUAUAAAGUAAAGUUACUGUUUGGCAUUCUCCGCGACGACGGCAAGAACUGCACCGAGUUGUACAUGGCCAAAGAUAUCGCACAGCGCUGGUUGGAGAAAGUGCUCCACACCUCAUCGGUCUCCAUACCUCUGGUCUCUGUGUUUGAGAAUUCGGUCUCAUUCAGGUCUGACACUGACUGGUUUCAAACGAAACGAUGGGCUCCAAUUUCAAGCAGUUUUCGUUGUCUCGCACUCAUGACCGUCAUUCCCGGUUUGGACGUGGGAUCGUGGCAGUCGGAGGUCUGCAAACUCUUAAGUGAUGGAUUUGAAGACACCAGCACUGGCUUUCGUCUAGAGAUCGAAAUAACCAGCAUCUACGUGACUGCAGUGGCCAGCAUCACAACGCCCCCUGCCACCACCACAGUUACAACCACACCGGAGCAGACCACUCCCACCACACUUUUCACCCCCAGUGCUGCUACCCCCACAAUGGCAACCACAUCUUCCUCCAUGUCUACCCCCACAGUGGCUGCAACAUCUGCCUCCACAUCUACCCCCACAGUGGCUGCCACUUCUGCCUCCAUGUCUACCCCCACAGUGGCUGCCACAUCUGCCUCCACAUCUACCCCCACAGUGGCUGCCACUUCUGCCUCCAUGUCUACCCCCACAGUGGCUGCCACAUCUGCCUCCACCUCUACCCCCACAGAAGCUGCCACAUCUGCCUCCAUGUCUACCCCCACAGUGGCUGCCACAUCUGCCUCCACGUCUACCCCCACAGAAGCUGCCACAUCUGCCUCCAUGUCUACCCCCACAGUGACUGCCACAUCUGCCUCCAUGUCUACCCCCACAGAAGCUGCCACAUCUGCCUCCACGUCUACCCCUACAGUGGCUGCCACAUCUGCCUCCACGUCUACCCCCACAGUGACUGCCACAUCUGCCUCCAUGUCUACCCCCACAGAAGCUGCCACAUCUGCCUCCAUGUCUACCCCCACAGAAGCUGCCACAUCUGCCUCAUCAUCUACUCCCCCAGUGGCUGCCACUUCUAUCCCCACAUUUGCCUCCACAGUACGCGAGACGACCAGUAUAGUGAACCCGACAGACUCUCUGUCCACAGCAGUGAGUCCUUCUGCAGAGGUAAUGUCCACCUGGACAGAACCAGCAACAAGUCCCAGUGUCUCCAUGUUCUACUUUGAGGUCCAGGUGAACGUGUCCACAGCAGGAGUCCGUGACCCCGAGCGAGCUAUCUACUCCUGGCUCAACUCCAGUUUACCCAACAACACAAUGACUGUACUGGACCUGCAGCUGCUCUCCAAAACCACAAAAAUUUACCACAGCAUUCGCACCAGAGCACUAACGAAGAGCAUUUCCAGAGAGAGCUGUGUUUUUCAAGUGGAGGUGUCCAUGUUGAACUUUGAGCCUUCGGAAAUCGAGAAACUGAUUCAAUGUCUUUUAGAGAAACCUUUUAACAACGGGUCAGUGUCCAUCGAUGCCGAGAACAUCCUCAUCAGCCGCAUCUAUCUUUUUGAGUGCUCCGCUGAAGUCCGUUUCACCAGAGAGGGAGUGUUCCGAUGGCCUCGCACUUCAGGAGGCAGAAACGCGAUGCUACAAUGCCCCAAAAGCCCUCGUCACAAAGCCACACGUCACUGCAAAAUCUGUCUUCACACGUACUGGCAGGUGGCAGACAUGAGUAGCUGCCCUUUAGUCGUGGAGGUCAUUCCUGAUUUGGACCAAGUUACCGUUACCAAAGACAAUGCAAAGGACGUUUUGGACAUGAUUGUGGACCUGCUGAAGAACCAGUCCAGUCUGAACUUUGAUGAUUUGAGCACAGUCCUGAGCAAAGUGGAGGACAUUAUAGACAUGAGCGUGGUGACUCCUCCACUGGGACAGGCUCUGCUCAACGUGAUCUCUGACGUCCUGCAGUCUCAGAGCAACUUAGUGCCCUUCACCAACAUGAUUCUGAACAUCACUGAGUCUCUUGGUGCGAGAAUGACCGGUUUUGACGACAUGACGGUGAUGUCGGCUCCGUUCGUGGGCAUGUCCUUGGUGGAUGUGGAGCCAGGACCCUUCAGCCCCCUGAGCUUUGGGGUUUUGUCAGACCCAGUGGGACUGAAGCCUGAGAUUUUCAUAAACACACAUCCUCUCAACGGGACAGUGGCUUUCAUCUCGCUGCCCUCCAUCCUGCAGCAGAAAUUCCCCCUUGAAAAUCUAACGAGAAUCCAGUUUCAGUUCUUUAGUGUCCCGUGGCUUUUCAAGACCAUCAUUCCAGACGAUUUGGUUCUCAACACAUUUGUGGUGUCGGCGAGUGUGACCAACGUCAGCUCACCAAUCAGAGACCUGGAAGAGGACAUUCAGAUCACACUGCACCACCGCAAACCCAACUAUAAAAACAAGGAUGUCAUGUGUGUUUACUGGAACUUCAAUCUAAAUCAUGGACAGGGAGGCUGGGACCCUUCAGGCUGCCGUACUUACAACAGCACUCCCCACUCCACCACGUGUCUCUGUGACCACCUCACUCACUUCGGAGUUCUUUUGGACGUGUCCCGGGCCCCACUGGACCCAAAGGUGGAGUACAGACUGACCAUCAUCUCGUACGUGGGCUGCGGAGUGUCCUCUAUGUUUCUGGGCGUCACUGUGCUCACGUACACGGCCUUUGAGAAGCUGCGGCGGGACUACCCCUCUCAGAUCCUCAUCAACCUCUCUCUGGCUCUGCUGGGGCUGAACCUGGUGUUUCUGGGGAACUCGUGGCUCUCGUCUCAGGGCGUCUACGGCUUGUGCGUCUUUGUGGCCUCCGCGCUGCAUUACUUCCUGCUCGCCUCCUUCACCUGGAUGGGAUUGGAGGCUGUUAACAUGUACUUUGCUUUGGUCAAAGUCUUCAAUGUAUAUGUGCCCUCCUACAUCCUCAAGUUCUGCGCUCUGGGGUGGGGGAUCCCGCUGGUCGUGUGUGCGGUGCUGCUAAUUGUGGACAGAGACGUCUAUGGCAGUCAUGUGUACGCAGACACCAGGCUGAGGGUGCAGCCACUGAACAGCACCGACAACUUUUGCUGGAUUCAAGACAACGUGACGUUUUACGUGUCUGUGGUUGGAUACGCUGCAUUGGUGUUCCUUUUCAACACAGCAAUAUUUAUCGUGGUCCUGAUCCAGAUACGGCGGAUGCGCGACAACAGUCCGGCCGGGAUCCGCAGUGGUCUGUUGAAGGACCUGAAGGGAGUGGUCAGUCUCACGCUGCUGCUAGGACUCACCUGGGCCCUGGGCUUCUUCACCUGGGGUCCGGCCCGAGUCGGGAUGCUGUUCCUGUUCUCUGCCCUCAACUCUCUGCAAGGACUUUUCAUCUUUGUCUUUCACUGCCUGAUGAAGGAAAACGUCAGGAAACAGUGGAGGAUACAUCUUUGCUUUGGCCGUUGCAGACAAGAGGACAAUUUGGACUGGAGCGCCUCUGCCGAUUAUGGCCACAUGCCCAAACUGAAGCCAGCAGCGUCUCAGGCCCGCCUCCCCUCCGUUCGCUCCAUUAAGUCCAGCUCCACCGAGAGCACAUCGGCCUCCUCCGACUCCAGCCAACGAGAGUCUGUCAGCAGCUGCAAGAGACCAGACCUGGGCUUCUUUGUGAACGGCCUGGUCAUUCCUCGAGCGCAGUGCACCAGCUCUGGUCCAGCCCAGAGGCUCCAUGGCUCCCUGAAUCCCACGCCUGGAUGGACUAAUCACUAG